UUCCCGCCCCCCAAACACUCCUUAUUAAACCUAUCCCGUGUCUCUCUUUCCCUGUGCAUUUCUCUCUAUCUUAACACACAAAUGAAGAGCAUUUCCAGAUCACCUGCGAAGAGACACGAUGGCUUCUACAAGUUCCUUAAGCCAGGUGCUCUUGCCCGACUCAGGGACUCGAGAAUCAUCGCCAGAUCUAGCAAAACCAACUGCCUUCCAACGUGCUCCUCUCCCCACCGAAUCGACUUACCACUCCCUCAGAUGGCAGCGCAGGUCCAGACACAGAUCCAGACGUUUGAUCAGAUACCUGAUUUCCUCAACAAGAUCUAUAGUCCUUAUUGCAUCCGGAGGAAGAGACUUGCGGCGGCUAAGUCGGUGUCCUUGCUCAGUUUGAGUACGUCUAAUCCUGUUUUAGAAUCUGGUGCUGGUAAUAGCAAUCAUCCGUUGGUUAGUGUGGUGAACAGCGAUGUUGUUGUUGCUCAUUGAAUAAACAGUAGUGGACAAUGUCAA